AUGGCUACUCUUGAUGAUAACUGGCAGACAAAACGUUCAACUAUCAGCGAGAGAACCAAAUUUAUUUUCAAUAACGAAUUAUUAAGUGAUGUGAAGUUCGUAGUUCCUGCUUCGCACAACGAAAGUGAAAGCCGGAAGAGUCAGAAGUACAUUCCAGCUCACAAGUUUAUACUUGCAAUCAGCAGUCCUGUUUUCUAUGCCAUGUUCUACGGUGAAAUGGCAGAGACUGCAGGCACUAUUCAACUACCUGACUGUGAUUAUGAGAGUCUCUUAGAGUUGUUUCGUUUUCUGUACAGCGAUGAAGUGAACUUGAGCGGAAGUAAUGUCAUGCAAGUUCUCUACUUGGCAAAGAAAUACUUGGUACCUUUACUCGCUGAUAAGUGCACUGAAUAUCUUCAGGAACAUCUAGAGGCGUCGAAUGUGUUCUCCGUCCUGCCGCAAGCUCAGAAAUUUGAGGAUAAAGAUUUGGAAGAACGGUGCUGGAAAGUAAUUGAAGAGGAAACCGAGAAUGCCUUGACGUCGGAAGAAUUUGUCACGCUUGAGAGAUCUGUUGUUGAGUCUGUGGUAAAAAGGGAGAGAUUGAAUGUAAAGGAAGUGGAUUUAUUCAAAGCUGUUGAUCGCUGGGCCACUAAAGAAGUGGAAAGGCAAAGACUAUCCCCUGAUGGCAAAGUCAAAAGAAGGAUUCUUGGAGAGGAAAUGGUGAAAGCAAUAAGGUUUCCAGUGAUGUCUCAGAAAGAGUUUGCUUCGGUUGUUGUGGAUUGUGAAAUUCUGACCAAAAAAGAGAUUGGUUUCAUGAUGAAACACUACGGUGGUGUCUGUUUAGAGUCUUCUUUACCAUUCAUACAUUCCCCUAGACAGUAUGGAACUGGGCUUCAGCAUCGUAUUUACAGAUUUACAAAACUAAGCCCGCCAGAUAUGCCUAAUGGUUCAUGGCACUACACUGGUGGUAAUUCUGAUGUCCUUAAACUGACUGUCAGUAAACCUUUCAAGUUACAUGGAGUGCAGCAUUUUGGCAGUGAAGAUAAUGAAUACACAGUUUCAUUAGAAGUGAAAGAUGUGGCAAAGAGAUUUUCCCUGGUAAAACUGAUGGACACAUAUUCCUCAGAGAAAGAUGAGACAAAUGUUUACUAUGGAUUUGAUGUCAUGUUUGACCACCCAGUUUGUCUUGAGCGGGAUAAAACGUAUGAGAUCGUCUCUCUCAUCAGGGGCCCACCAUCUUGGUAUGUGACUGAUGGGAAAGAAUCUGACGAGGUUCAAGGAAUCCAGUUUUCAUUUAGCCGUUCAGCUGCUUCUGCUAAUGGAACUGACGUCAAUAAUGGCCAGUUUCCUGCACUUAUUUUCAGCACAAUGUAGUUUUUAAAAUUUCUUAAUGAUGAUAAUGGAUUUUUAUUGUGUUGAUCGUUUGAAGUGGUACUUCGCAACUUUUAGUUUAAGGAAAAUUAAUUAAGCAAGCGAGAAUCUUGUUAGGAGUAAAGGAUACUCCACUCUACCAAUGCCUCCUUGAUUCCUAGACUAGCUACCACCCAUUGUUAGGGUACUUGCAGAAUUGUAGUGGUGGCACGUACACUGGUCAGCCGAGCUAAGCCAGGAAUGAAUUGCAAAUACAGUUGAACCUCUCCACAAUGGCCAUCUUUGGAACAGACGAAAGUGGCUGCUGUAGAAAAUUUUAAACAAGAGUUGCAAUGUAUGGCCCGUCCACCAAAAAAGUGGCCAUUGUUCAGGGGUGGCCGUUAGUGGAGCUUCAACUUUUGAGUCUGUUAAACCCUCAGCCGAUAAAUUGCAUGUUAGUUCCCAGCUGUCAAGUAAGACUACGAACUCCCUACACGUUUUGUUAUUACUGAUCUAAAAGUAGGGAAGAGUAAAAUAAAUCCAACACAGGAAGAUGACUGAUUUGUAAGACUUAUUUGAUAUUUAAAAUUCUCAAGAAAAUCGAUCUAAAAAUAAACUGGUCUAACUUUGUUAACGUUGUUGCAUCACAAUUGAGUUGAUCACUCCAGUUUAUGGGCUCCUAGUGACUAUGACCAAUUCUCUCUUCUUUUUCACAGUUAGUAGGGUGGCACCCUUACAAGGCAACUAGUGCAGUAUCUUAUUGUCCAUGGCCUCCUGUCAUUCUUUCAAAUUUGUUUGAAGAACAGUGAAGUCAAAACCACCCAUAUUACAGCUGUACCUUCCUGGAUUGUUGCGUGCAUUUUUUCCGACAACCUUUCUCAAAAUAACCAUCUGUUACUCUGUCUUAUUGUACAUUGCUGUAAGUUGACAUCUAGUGUUGGUCCUUGUUAUUCUCUAGUCUUUUUCUUUCACUCUCUGUGAGUGCUGUUACUUUUGCUGCACAUUCGACACAGCUUCAUCAUAAAAUGAGGUAUAUAAAUAAAAAGUAAGUAGAAUUUAUUUACACCGGGCUGUGCAUUCAGUGACAAGUCUAGUACCCAGUGAGGUAAUCGAACAAUAAAAAGCUACAAGUAAAAAAAACCUAGACCUAGUUUUGUAGCUGUUUUUCCUGCACAUAAGCUUACAUUGUCGAGCAAAUGAUACACAAUGCGAAAUCCUGAGACAAAAAUUUAACAGAUUUAUAAAAUAUUUUAUCAUGUAUUUAAUAACAUAACUUAGAGGUCUUGAGAUUAGACUGGUUUGUUGCCUUUUCGAGUACUCAAGAUACAGCGUGCAGCGAAUAGUAUUUUAAAGCUUUACAAAAUAUUUGGCUUCAUUUGGCUGUUGCAACAAUUCUCAGCUCGCCAUUUUUCACUUGGACAGAAGAGAUCGUUUCAUCACUCGGGACCUUAACAGAAACGACUACUAAAUUACUAACUUACUAAUUUUCCUGACCGGCUGUUACCUUGGCGUGCGGUAGUUUCAUUAAAUUAAAGGCAGUACCGUCCCGUCCGCGGCUAGUAGUUUUUCGAUUUAAAGUUCGGUAGUAAAUAUUAUGUAGUUCGGUAGUAAACAUUAUGACGCUUGAGUUCAAUGUGUGGGGUGAAAACAGCUUCCUCUUCAUACACACGACCUGGAUAGGCAAUGAUUUGCCCAAAAUUCGCAAAAUGAACAGCGCUGAACUUAUUUUAAAAACUGCAUAUUCGUCCGCCAUUGCUCUUGCCGCCAUCUUGAAAACAAGAUCUGCGAGACGUCGCGCCCAUUGUCUCCUUCCCGCCUUCCUUUGCGCGCACAUUUUCAUCAAAAGAGAGACGUCUGGGUACGAGGCAGGCCCAACCUUUAUCCGCCCUGUUGACGAGAGUGCAAACUUCGUAUACCUUGUAAUCAGAAAGGUGCAAUCACUGGAAUGGCUACUCUUGAUGAUAACUGGCAGACAAAACGUUCAACUAUCAGCGAGAGAACCAAAUUUAUUUUCAAUAACGAAUUAUUAAGUGAUGUGAAGUUCGUAGUUCCUGCUUCGCACAACGAAAGUGAAAGCCGGAAGAGUCAGAAGUACAUUCCAGCUCACAAGUUUAUACUUGCAAUCAGCAGUCCUGUUUUCUAUGCCAUGUUCUACGGUGAAAUGGCAGAGACUGCAGGCACUAUUCAACUACCUGACUGUGAUUAUGAGAGUCUCUUAGAGUUGUUUCGUUUUCUGUACAGCGAUGAAGUGAACUUGAGCGGAAGUAAUGUCAUGCAAGUUCUCUACUUGGCAAAGAAAUACUUGGUACCUUUACUCGCUGAUAAGUGCACUGAAUAUCUUCAGGAACAUCUAGAGGCGUCGAAUGUGUUCUCCGUCCUGCCGCAAGCUCAGAAAUUUGAGGAUAAAGAUUUGGAAGAACGGUGCUGGAAAGUAAUUGAAGAGGAAACCGAGAAUGCCUUGACGUCGGAAGAAUUUGUCACGCUUGAGAGAUCUGUUGUUGAGUCUGUGGUAAAAAGGGAGAGAUUGAAUGUAAAGGAAGUGGAUUUAUUCAAAGCUGUUGAUCGCUGGGCCACUAAAGAAGUGGAAAGGCAAAGACUAUCCCCUGAUGGCAAAGUCAAAAGAAGGAUUCUUGGAGAGGAAAUGGUGAAAGCAAUAAGGUUUCCAGUGAUGUCUCAGAAAGAGUUUGCUUCGGUUGUUGUGGAUUGUGAAAUUCUGACCAAAAAAGAGAUUGGUUUCAUGAUGAAACACUACGGUGGUGUCUGUUUAGAGUCUUCUUUACCAUUCAUACAUUCCCCUAGACAGUAUGGAACUGGGCUUCAGCAUCGUAUUUACAGAUUUACAAAACUAAGCCCGCCAGAUAUGCCUAAUGGUUCAUGGCACUACACUGGUGGUAAUUCUGAUGUCCUUAAACUGACUGUCAGUAAACCUUUCAAGUUACAUGGAGUGCAGCAUUUUGGCAGUGAAGAUAAUGAAUACACAGUUUCAUUAGAAGUGAAAGAUGUGGCAAAGAGAUUUUCCCUGGUAAAACUGAUGGACACAUAUUCCUCAGAGAAAGAUGAGACAAAUGUUUACUAUGGAUUUGAUGUCAUGUUUGACCACCCAGUUUGUCUUGAGCGGGAUAAAACGUAUGAGAUCGUCUCUCUCAUCAGGGGCCCACCAUCUUGGUAUGUGACUGAUGGGAAAGAAUCUGACGAGGUUCAAGGAAUCCAGUUUUCAUUUAGCCGUUCAGCUGCUUCUGCUAAUGGAACUGACGUCAAAAAUGGCCAGUUUCCUGCACUUAUUUUCAGCACAAUGUAGUUUUUAAAAUUUCUUAAUGAUGAUAAUGCAUUUUUAUUUUGUUGAUCGUUUGAAGUGGUACUUCGCAACUUUUAGUUUAAGGAAAAUUAAUUAAGCAAGCUGGAAUCUUGUUAGGAGUAAAGGAUACUCCACUCUACCAAUGCCUCCUUGAUUCCCAGACUAGCUACCACCCAUUGUUAGGGUACUUGCAGAAUUGUAGUGGUGACACGUACACUGGUCAGCCGGGCUAAGCCAGGAAUGAUUUGCAAAUACAGUUGAACCUCCCCACAAUGUCCAUCUUCGGAACAGACGAAAGUGGCUGCUGUAGAAAAUUUUAAACAAGAGUUGCAAUGUAUGGACCGUCCACCAAAAAAGUGGCCAUUGUUCAGGGGUGGCCGUUAGUGGAGCUUCAACUUUUGAGUCUGUUAAACCCUCAGCCGAUAAAUUGCAUGUUAGUUCCCAGCUGUCAAGUAAGACUACGAACUCCCUACACGUUUUGUUAUUACUGAUCUAAAAGUAGGGAAGAGUAAAAUAAAUCCAACACAGGAAGAUGACUGAUUUGUAAGACUUAUUUGAUAUUUAAAAUUCUCAAGAAAAUCGAUCUAAAAAUAAACUGGUCUAACUUUGUUAACGUUGUUGCAUCACAAUUGAGUUGAUCACUCCAGUUUAUGGGCUCCUAGUGACUAUGACCAAUUCUCUCUUCUUUUUCAUAGUUAGUAGGGUGGCACCCUUACAAGGCAGCUAGUGCAGUAUCUUAUUGUCCAUGGCCUCCUGUCAUUCUUUCAAAUUUGUUUGAAGAACAGUGAAGUCAAAACCACCCAUAUUACAGCUGUACCUUCCUGGAUUGUUGCGUGCACUUUUUCCGACAACCUUUCUCAAAAUAACCAUCUGUUACUCUGUCUUAUUGUACAUUGCUGUAAGUUGACAUCUAGUGUUGGUCCUUGUUAUUCUCUAGUCUUUUUCUUUCACUCUCUGUGAGUGCUGUUACUAAGAUUUCAAGUUGUUCACGUGAUACGUACAUGUAUGUGUAACAGAAGUUGGGGAAUUGGGCAGCAAGGAAGUUCUUUUGGUUCUAAUCAGUUUCCUUUGAUUCCUAUGAGUUCUGAAUUUACCCCAUUUUUUCUCAAAAUUGAAAACUGUUUUCGAUCUUAGCAGGUGAAUGUAUUUCAACGCUCAUUGAUAAGGCUAUCAAUUUGUCAUAAAUCAGUAAAUUUUGACUGUCUGUACUUCAUAUAAGACUAAGUAAAAUGCCCUGGGUGGGGGUACUGUAAAGGAAACUAUCUAAAGAUGUGAGAUCUCAGGUGAUUUGUAUUCUCUGUCUUGGUAGGGAAUGUACAAUGAAAACAGUAAAGAGUUAACACUUGAAAAUUCAAAAUUUUUUUUUUUCAUUUCCCUUUGCAGAGAUCGUAUCUGAACAGCCAUUAACGUUGUGGGUGAUGCUUUUGGAGCUGGCAUAGUGGAGCACCUUUCACGCGAUGAUCUGAUGAGCAUGGAUUUUGUGCAGUGUGAAGAUGCUGUUCCACUGGAACCAUUUAAGCGAUCACCUAAGAAUGAAGAAGCCAAUGAUGUGCGAGCCAGCAAUGCUUCCCUCAGGGCAGCUAACUUCUAAAAAUGAUGAAAAUGGUAGCUAUUUGCAGUCAUCAAUUAAAAAACCUGCAACUAAGAACCUGUUAGGCAAAAAUUUGCUAGUUAGGCCCCCUCUAAACAACAACCUCUUCAGCCUAAAAUUUGAAACAGGUUCUUAUUUUCUGAAAUCUAUAAAAAAAAAAAAGUUGUACAAUAAGAUAUCUUGUAAGUCAACGUUCAGGAUUCUCUAUGAAGCCUUAUCACUCCAACUCUUUGGUGCCUAAUAUCACUCCAAUGCAGUUUAAUGGUAUGCAAAUGUUAUAUAAUAUUUUUUAUUAUAAGGAAUAAGCGAAAUACCACUAAAUGCUCUUAGCUACAAGGUAUUUUUUCUUCAGAAAAUAAGAAACUACUUAAGAACUUAGAUAGCCUAAUUAACUUGUGCUAAUAAUCCAUUUAUGUAAGAACCUGUUUCAGCUAAGUUGGGGAAAUGUUGGUUCUUAGUUGUGGGUUUUUACUUCCCCUACAGUGUACUAAGUUCAAAUGCUCAACCUGUUCUGGUUAUUUGUUACUUAUGUGAAGUUAAAGCAUGCAUGCCAAGUAUGGAACUGUUUUUUAGCGGCUCUUUCUUGAAAGGGAAUCACCCACGAUCUUUCUUUCCCAAGCAACACAACACCUUUUAGAGAAUUCUACUUGGUAAUUUAUUAUAGUUAAAGGCAGAACUUAUACAUUUGUAUAACUGGGGAAAUAAUCAACUAUUAUUGAUGAAUAAUUAUUUAGCCUGCAUAGCAGUUAUUGCAUGGGGAAAAGAAGCAUGGGAUGUGAGAAAGAACCAAAAAUUUUCCGGUUUGGGGAGGGUUAGGAGAUAAGUGUACAUUUGUGUGCAAACUAAUAAUUAUAUAUUGGAGCAGUGAAAAAUGCAGACUGUGGACUGACUGCAGACUGAAACUGAAGAAUGAUCAUCGCAGUAAAUUUUCCAAUUUAAGCAAUUGGAAAGAAGAAGCCUGAAAAAGAAAAAAUCAGAGCUUCAACGGGAUUCAAACCCGUGACCUCUACGUUACCGGUGACCGGUGACUGCAGACUAUUGUUUUUAGGGUUAGAAAACAAUGGGACUAUUGUUGUCACGUACUCAUUUGCAUGAUGAAAACAAUAGUCUGCAGACUGUGUUUUACGCUGACCCAUUAUAUAACUAUAGGUGGGUCAACCCACCUAAAUGCUUCUUUGUUGCAUGUGAAUAUUUACCUUAUGUUGUCAUUGGUGGAUUGCAAUGUAAAAAUUUGACUUGAGAAUCUGUCCCCAUUAAUGAAUGUAUGAACUGACAUAAUAAGCAGAGUUCACUGAGUGUGAGAGUAAUUAGAUGUUAAUCCUGAUGGGAUAGAGGGAAAUUUGGAGCAUAUGACUUAUACUGUCAAUACGAUAUUAGCCUUGAUUUGACUGUAAAGAGAUUUUGUAUUGAUCAAGAUGGUUUUAAACAUUUGAACCACUAUUUUAAAAAAACUUUGGAAACAAUCUUUUUUUAACUUUUUACAGAGUGUACACAACACACUGUGAACAAAUUUCUCCACAAAUAUCCAGCAUUCCUUUAUCAGGGUUAAGAAGUCAGCUAAUUUAGCUUUUCUAUCUGACAAAUAGGGUGAACGUUUAGCCAAUUCUCAGACUUAAGUGUUUGGUUUGGCUAAGUAAAGGGGUGUACAAUUGUAGAAAGUGUACAGUAGAUUUUUAAUGAACCAGUUUCNUUGACUGUAAAGAGAUUUUGUAUUGAUCAAGAUGGUUUUAAACAUUUGAACCACUAUUUUAAAAAAACUUUGGAAACAAUCUUUUUUUAACUUUUUACAGAGUGUACACAACACACUGUGAACAAAUUUCUCCACAAAUAUCCAGCAUUCCUUUAUCAGGGUUAAGAAGUCAGCUAAUUUAGCUUUUCUAUCUGACAAAUAGGGUGAACGUUUAGCCAAUUCUCAGACUUAAGUGUUUGGUUUGGCUAAGUAAAGGGGUGUACAAUUGUAGAAAGUGUACAGUAGAUUUUUAAUGAACCAGUUUCUUUUCUUGUGGUUUUCGUACAAGACUAAGAGUAUAGGCCAUUGGUGAGUUGCCCAAUCCUCUAUUUCUAAUCUAAUUAAAUUAACUGUUCUAGAAAGGAUCUGGUUCUAAAAAAAAAGAUUUGAAUUGACAAGGGAUAACUACCAAAUUGUAACGCUAUUAUAUGCACCAAGCUAAGCAAAUUGAGUAAGACGUUCUUCAAGGUUAAAUGUGUUUACUUUUAGCCCGAACUUCAAUCGUCUCCUUGAGACGCGAUCGUGAGGAGACAACUGAAAUUCAGGCAAGUUUGCUUAGUUACAAAGCUCAUAAAUUCAAAGCUAUCAAUAAUAUUGAACUAAACAAAGUAGUUUAAUCUUUGCAAUAGCUUUUAUUACUAUCAUAAUUCAGUGGGAGGUGAAUAACAUUCAGCUCGGUUUGUAACAUUUGGCAAAAAAAUGUGGAAAGAAACCUUUUCUAGUUAACUUAGGAAUAUAACCAUAGAAAGUUACAGUCUAAAUAGUAGGUAUGAGAAAUGUAGUCUACUUUUAAAUUUUUAGGUUUAGUAUUUUGCUAAUUAUAACAAAGAAAAGGGCUAAAACGCUAAAGCUAAAGCGGGGAAAGCAGUCAAUGCAUGGUUAGAUGCUAUGAAUAGAUGCUGUCCAGAUGCUCUGGAUACUUUCAAAGCAGACUGGUCGUUCUUUUCUUUUUGGGGACUACUUUGUUCAGGAGCUGUGUGACGGAAUAUAUCAUUAAUCAAAAUAAAAACAGUGGCAACUGCCACCAAAUUGAGGGAAACAAUAAUAAUAACCGCUCAACACGCUAAAAAAUAGGAAUUAAUAGCACAGCAAACACAAAAGGAGGCACAGAUGGACAAACUAUACUCAGUAUUGAGAAAAUCUCAUACUCCUAGUCGUCCUCGUCUCAGAAUCUAAAGCUCUCUAUUGUGUCACCUCAGGAACUUUUUAAAGAAAAGUAACACUAUUUGCAGUCUAACCAAAGCGAACAAAUUUUGAAAUGUAAUUGAAAAUAAGGGUUGUUGUCUUCUGAAUUUUAUUACUUACUCUUUAUUCACUGUCUAUAAACUCUAAAAAGCGGCAGACCAUUUAUUUCUUUUUAUUUACUUUUUCGCAGCCCUUUUGAGGGUCGUCACGCAACGCUCCUCCCCCAAAACGACUGCUUUCUUUCGAACUACAUUCCUUUCCCUUAUGUAAUUCAUAUGGCUCUUGAUGCGACCAAUCAGAAUUUGGUUUUCAUAUCCAAACUAUUCGCGACGUUGGGAACGCGUGUCUUACUUUGGGGAAGCGCGUUGCGUGACGACCCUAAAAUGGCUGCGGAGGUGACUAAGGUGGGUUAUAUCGUUCGCGUUUUGUUUUUCCUUCACGCCUACUAGUGAGAUGCAAUGGUUUCCUUUAGUUAGUAUAUAUGCGGGCGUGUGAAUCAAGGGGCACUCACCAUUUGUAAGAACUGGACGACUAGACCUGUCAAGUCGAAAGGAGAAUUCAACUAUUGGACCAGACUAUCAGCCAGAUCAGUUAAUCCUAAAUGGUUUGCGCAGCAGUGAUGAGUUUUAGUAAAACUUUUCAGAAAAGGCUACUAUUUCAUUUUCCGCGACCGGUCUGGCCGGCCAGUUCUGACUUUUGGAAAGCGCCCUAAGGCCCAGGCCAAACAACGAACUUUUGAUGAGACGAACCAAAGUCUGUUCGGUCAGACGAGGUCGAACUUAGGAUGUGUCGACUUAAUCAACUGAAUCAGAGUCUCCCGAACGAGGCUAGAUAUACAUUAUCAUAUGAAUUUUUAAUUAUUAGUUUAGUUGGUCGCAUCUGAAGAUUGACGUUUGUCCCGACUGACGAUCUCAAACGCUCUUUCCAUCUGAAGCAGGCGGAUAGAACGUGUUGCACAAUCCAGAUUCAUUCAGGCGAAAUAAACUGAGCCAGAUGUCGAACUUUCCGUGACCUUAACUCGUCUCAUGAAAAGUUCGACGUUUACCAUAGGCCGUACACGGUUAACCCUAAACGUCAGUCCAGCACAAAAACCAUUGGCCCUGUCUAGCUCUCCCUAUUUCACCGGCCCUGACCCCUUUCUCUACACAAUGACGAAUCCCUUACAUAAAUCGUCCUGUUGACAAUGAUUGCAUAACGCCAGACGAUGUUCGAUCCCCACAUGUUACACACCCGUCCUGGCAUCCCGACUUGUCAAAAUGUUCUGGCAUUUCUUCUAAACUGUAUUCAUCCUGCAUCAAGUGAAAGGCACGCGAAACUAUGAACGCGUGAUUUGUGACAGGCUAAGCCAUUCCCUAAUAGACCUCUUUCAUAAUGGCGGCCAAUUGAUGUUUUCUUUUAUAUGUAUGAUAAGUAAUAUAUCAAACAUGAGAUGCAGUGUUUCAUCACCAGAUGAAACACCAAGAAGAGAGUUGAAAAUACGACGCGCAGCGGAGUAUUUUUGACGAACUUCGAGGUGUUUCAUCUGGUGAUGAAACACUGUGUCGAAUGUUUGAUAUUUCUUCUCAAACAAAAUCAUUUUUGAAGGAGAAAUUAAGGAUGCAAAUACUAAGCAGUGUUUCAUCCGAUUUCCAAACACUCAUUAAACAUUAAUUUCCUUUGUAUUUUCUUAAUGAAUUAUUAAUGAGUUUGAGAAUUAACCUUUCUGACCUCUUUAGCAUGUGUAAAAUACAAAAGAAUGUUUACUUUCAAACGAGGCCAGAAAGGCUAAUUAUGAUACAUCUAAAAGAAGAUAGCCAAGAAGAUAUUAAGGUAAUAGGCCGCCAUAUUGAAAGAGGUCUAUGGAAAUCAUUUCUUCAAACAGGUCAGAAGUACAUACGCGCCAAGAAAACACAAAUUUGACUUGAACAUUAAUUCAAGUGGACUUCAUGAUCACGUACCACUUUUCCAUAAUUUCCACCAAAAAAUUUUCCAGUAGAUCCUUGGAAAUUUCACGGAAUUUUUCCUCAUACCGGAAUAAGCUUAACAACAAUCCAGCAAAAUGAAAGCUUUAAAAAUAACUCAAACGGCCAGGGGAAAAUGUCAAAGAAAUCGCCCCAUGUACUUGUAAGGUAAUCAAAGAUAGCCUUAGAUUCUGUAUUUCAGUCUGUGGAUUCCUAAUCCCCGGAACUCGAUUCCAAUGAGUUUCUUAGCCUUUCUUGUCAGUGGAGCUUGGAUUCCCGAUUUCGAUUCUUUGCUAGAAGAAUUUCUUGGAUUCCGGAUUGCACCAAACAAAAAAAUUCCGGCGCCUCUGAAUCUGCAUUCCCUUACUUGGCGAAAAGAGAAAAAGAAAGUCUCAUCCUGCCUGCGAUAAGCGUUGGACCAAAAAACCAUCCAACCACAGGAAUAGCACACGCAGAUGUACCGGCGAUCGUUAGCGAGAGACCGGUGAUCUAGCUUGCUUUCUGUGUACCGUACAGAUGCGUCGACAAACAGCGGUGGAUUCUCAUCUUGGAAGAAUUCUGCUGUUCCUUUCUGCUCAUAGGCGUACGGGCUAUUUUUUUGCCAGGAGGUGCGGUAAACCAUUUGCCCAAAAAAUUUUUGCAAUUUGCCCAAAUUUUUACAAAACAGUCGAACAGUAGCGAGGGCCGAUGCAACAACAUAGGCCGUACUGGCAUACGAAAAUGGCUCGAUACAGUUUUUCAGGGUCAAUACCUGCCAAGUUUGAGCAUAAACUACGUCGCCAAAAACAAACAUUUGGAAAAAUUGCCACCACAGUUGUAUUAGAUAAAGAUGAAAAUUUGUUGUGACCAGGAUUGCAAUGACAUCAGAGUUGUCCUAGCAACGAAAUUAAGCCAUUACCUAUUAUACUUGCAGCAAUAUUUCUCCCUGGGAACUGUUCUUCUAAAAUCGAUCACAGGAGCUUUUUCCUCCAAUAGUCGCCUCGAUCUUCGUGAAGUUAAAACGGAAUCUGUAAGAGCGUUAUCGAGACAUUUUGGGAUAAAGUUUUUAUCGUUGGAAAUACGGUACAAAAAGGAAAAUCUUGAUGUUUGGCCGUUACCUGUAGAAAACGAUGUGCUUUUGACAUGCAAUUUCACCUCACAGUAGUUUCAAUCUUUUUAAAAACGUGGGUGAAAGAUCAUGGAGAUAGCUCCGGCCAAUUGCUACAAAGAAGGAUUUGAUUAGUAUGUAUAUAUCAUGGCGCUCUUGUUAGCGGUUUUGUAAACAUUUCAGUCUACUUUAACAAAUUAGUGAAUAAUUUUUAAACCGCUCGAUAGUUUUUUAAAAAACUUAAGAUUCUUCUCGCAAUUCAAACUGAGAAUUACUCAGCCACUUCUUCACUUUCAGGCCCAUUGCUGAUGCUAUCUGCCAUACACUGUUUUACGGGCAGAGAUGAUUGUAGAAAGUUAGGGGAAGUUUAUUCUAAUAAAUUCACGAGUAGAAAUAGCCCAUUGCAGUACAGUGCCCAACAAUAAAAAAAUCAGCAUAUGAUACCUUUCCCUUAUAACCAGAAACUCGUCACGUGCUAGGCAGCCACUGUCUCGUGUCAAUGUAACUGGAUUAUCACGCCGACUUCAGGUUAAAAUAGAAAAUAUUUAUCUCUUCAAAAUAAUAAUAAUAACAUGGAGACGUCUUUAAAACUGGCUUUGCGCAAAUUUUCUUGUGUUGUCCAAAAAAUCUGAGUUGCCCAAAAUUUGAGGGGGCUGCAGCCCCCCUAGCCCCCCCCCGGCCCGUACGCCUAUGUUUCUGCUAGCAGGCGUUGUACUUGAGACACGGCAGCUGCAGCGCGGAGCAGUCUUCACAGACUUUAAAACAUUUAUGUUUGGCGAUAGCAUCUCGCCAAUCGUUAGACUCCACUGCGCACCCCUUGCAAAUCAUAAUGCAGCCUGGUUGUUCCGCUUCUGCGUGGCCACAAUGCUCGCACUUCCGGAGUUCAGGAGCCUCCUCAGUGGCUGCAUCUACAAUAUCUAAACGCACGCUAGUGAUAACGCCCAGACCCGCUAGAGCCCCACCGUUACACUUGCUUUAAUUCAAAGAAAGAAUGGGUGACCUGUGCCAAACCCGAGAAGACCCUGGGUACUAGAUUGAGAAACGUAGCGUACUUGAGAGGGAAACUGGAAGGUUGGCGAGACUGCAAACUUCGUGUAUCCUUGUAAUCAGAAAGGUGCAAUCACUGCAAUGGCUACUCUUGAUGAUAACUGGUAGACAAAACGUUCAGCUAUCAGCGAGAGAACCAAAUUUAUUUUCAAUAACGAAUUAUUAAGUGAUGUGAAGUUUGUAGUUCCUGCGUCGCACAACGAAAGGGAAGGCUGGAAGAGUCAGAAGUGCAUUCCAGCUCACAAGUUUAUGCUUGCAAUCAGCAGUCCUGUUUUCUAUGCCAUGUUCUACGGCGAAAUAGCGGAGAGUUCAGGCACUAUUCGAUUGCCUGAUUGUGAUUAUGAGAGUCUCUUAGAGUUGUUUCGUUUUCUGUACAGCGACGAAGUGAACUUGACCGGAAGUAAUGUCAUGCAAGUUCUCUACUUGGCAAAGAAAUACCUGGUUCCUUCACUCGCCGACAAGUGCACUGAAUAUCUUCAGGACCACCUAGAAUCGUCGAACGUGUUCUCCGUCCUGCCGCAAGCUCAAAAAUUUGAAGAUAAAGAUUUGGAAGAACGGUGCUGGGAAGUAAUUGAAGCGGAAACCGAGAAUGCCUUGACGUCGGAAGAAUUUGUCACGCUUGAGAGAUCUGUUGUUGAGUCUGUGGUAAAAAGGGAGAGAUUGAAUGUAAAGGAAGUGGAUUUAUUCAAGGCUGUUGAUCGCUGGGCCACUAAAGAAGUGGAAAGGCAAAGACUAUCCCCUGAUGGCAAAGUCAAAAGAAGGAUUCUUGGAGAGGAAAUUGUGAAAGCAAUAAGGUUUCCGGUGAUGUCGCAGAAAGAGUUUGCUUUGGUUGUUGUAGAUUGUGAAAUUCUGACUAAAAAAGAGAUUGGUUUGAUGAUGAAACACUACGGUGGUGUUGGUUUAGAGUCUUCUUUACCAUUCAUGCAUUCCCCAAGACAGCCUAGAACUGGGCUUUUUCAUCGAAUUUACAGAUUUACAGAAGUAAGUCCGCCCAAAAUGCCUAAUGGUCCCUGGCACUACACUCAUGGUAAUUCUGAUGCCCUUAAACUGACUGUCAGUAAGCCUGUCAUGUUACAUGGAGUGCAGCAUUUUGGUAGUGAAGGUGGCAAAUACACAGUUUCAGUAGAAGUAAAAGAUGUGGCAAAUAGCGGUUUUCCUCUGGUAAAACUGACGGGCACGUAUUCCUCCGAGAAAGAUGAGACAAAUGGUUUCUAUGGAUUUGAUGUCAUGUUUGAUCACCCUGUUUGCCUUGAGCAGGGUAAAACGUAUGAGAUUGUAUCUCGCACUUCCGGAGUUCAGGAGCCUCCUCAGUGGCUGCAUCUACAAUAUCUAAACGCACGCUAGUGAUAACGCCCAGACCCGCUAGAGCCCCACCGUUACACUUGCUGUAAUUCAAAGAAAGAAUGGGUGACCUGUGCCAAACCCGAGAAGACCCUGGGUACUAGAUUGAGAAACGUAGCGUACUUGAGAGGGAAACUGGAAGGUUGACGAGACUGCAAACUUCGUAUACCUUGUAAUCAGAAAGGUGCAAUCACUGCAAUGGCUACUCUUGAUGAUAACUGGCAGACAAAACGUUCAACUAUCAGCGAGAGAACCAAAUUUAUUUUCAAUAACGAAUUAUUAAGUGAUGUGAAGUUUGUAUUUCCAGCGUCGCACAACGAAAGUGAAAGCCGGAAGAGUCAGAAGUGCAUUCCAGCUCACAAGUUUAUGCUUGCAAUCAGCAGUCCUGUUUUCUGUGCCAUGUUCUACGGUGAAAUAGCGGAGAGUUCAGGCACUAUUCGAUUGCCUGAUUGUGAUUAUGAGAGUCUCUUGGAGUUGUUUCGUUUUCUGUACAGCGAUGAAGUGAACUUGACCGGAAGUAAUGUCAUGCAAGUCCUCUACUUGGCAAAGAAAUAUCUGGUACCUUCACUCGCUAAUAAGUGCACUGAAUACUUCAGGAACAUCUAG